AGCAUAAAAACAGGACAGCAGCAGAUUCAUGGCAUACUUUCAUGGAGACCAAACAACACCACAAACUCCCACAUUCUCCGGCCUACAAUUUCCUUCUCCAAGCUGGACCACGUCUCUAUCUUCUCCACCAAGUCCACGCCCACAUUAUAGUCUCUGGCUAUGGUCGCAGCCGAUCUCUUCUUACUAAGCUUCUCAAUUUAGCUUGCGCUGCUGGCUCCAUUAGCUACACGCGCCAAAUCUUUCUCGCUGUCCCAAAUCCAGAUUCUUUCCUCUUCACUUCCCUUAUCAAAUCCACCUCCAAAUCCCACAACUUCUCAAUUUAUUCCCUUUACUUCUAUAGCCGCAUGGUCCUUUCUAAUGUUUCACCUUCAAAUUAUACUUUUACGAGUGUGAUUAAAUCUUGUGCUGAUUUAUCGGCUCUGAAACAUGGUAGGGUUGUUCAUGGGCAUGUUUUGGUUCACGGGUUUGGAUUGGAUGUGUAUGUUCAAGCUGCUUUGGUGGCUCUUUACGGGAAGUGUGGUGAUUUGAUUAAUGCGAGGAAAGUGUUUGAUAAAAUACUUGAGAGAAGUAUUGUGGCAUGGAAUUCAAUGAUUUCUGGGUAUGAGCAAAACGGGUUUGCUAAAGAGGCAAUUGGGUUGUUUGAUCGAAUGAAGGAAACGGGUGUUGAACCGGAUUCGGCCACAUUUGUGAGUGUUUUAUCCGCUUGUGCUCACUUGGGUGCAUUUAGUUUAGGGUGUUGGGUGCAUGAGUAUAUUGUUGGUAAUGGCUUAGAUUUGAAUGUGGUGCUUGGUACUUCGUUGAUUAAUAUGUAUAUAAGGUGUGGGAAUGUGAGUAAAGCGAGAGAUGUUUUUGAUUCGAUGAAGGAAAGGAAUGUAGUGGCUUGGACGGCAAUGAUUUCUGGGUAUGGAACAAAUGGUUAUGGUAGCCAAGCAGUUGAAUUGUUUCAUGAAAUGAGAAGAAAUGGAUUAUUUCCUAAUAGUAUUACAUUUGUUGCUGUUUUGUCAGCAUGUGCUCAUGCAGGGUUAGUGAAUGAAGGGCGCCGGUUGUUUGCAAGCAUAAGAGAAGAUUAUCACUUGGUGCCUGGGGUGGAGCAUCAUGUUUGCUUGGUGGAUAUGCUUGGUCGUGCAGGACUUCUCGAUGAAGCAUACAAUUUUAUCAAAGAAGAGAUUCCUGAAAACCCAGCACCUGCUAUUUUGACGGCGAUGCUUGGAGCUUGCAAGAUGCAUAAGAAUUUUGACCUUGGAGCACAAGUUGCUGAGCAUCUCUUAGCUGCCGAACCAGAAAAUCCAGCUCAUUACGUGAUACUCUCAAAUAUAUAUGCUUUGGCAGGUAGAAUGGACCAGGUGGAAAUAGUCAGAAACAAUAUGAAUCGAAAAUGUUUGAAGAAACAAGUUGGCUAUAGUACAAUAGAAGUGGAUCAAAAAACUUACUUGUUUAGCAUGGGGGACAAGUCUCACUCUGAGACAAACGCGAUUUAUCAUUAUCUAGAUGAGUUGAUGUGGAAGUGUAGAGAAGCGGGUUACGUGCCAGUAUCUGAUUCAGUGAUGCAUGAAUUGGAAGAGGAGGAGAGAGAAUAUGCACUUAGAUACCAUAGUGAGAAGCUCGCAAUAGCAUUUGGGUUAUUGAAAACGAGCCAUGGAACUCCUAUCAGGAUAGUGAAGAACCUUCGAAUGUGUGAAGAUUGUCAUUUGGCCAUUAAAUUUAUUUCAGCUAUCUCCAGUAGAGAGAUUAUUGUCCGUGAUAAGCUUCGCUUCCAUCACUUCAAGGUCGGCUCAUGUUCUUGUCUGGAUUACUGGUGAAGGCUCCCUUUUGCAUCUUUUAAUCAAAUAUGAAAUAAAUAUCAUUUUGUGAUGCCUUGAUGUACCUUUCGAAAUGGACUUGGAGACGCAUCAAGAUUCAAUUGGUCAA